GAUCCACCAGAUGUUCCGAGAGGAAGUUUCAAAUUCUCAGUCUUAACGGAAAUCAUAAAGCGAUGUUUCUUUAACAUUUUCAUGCUGACGACGAUACAUUUUUCAGCAAAUCCAGAGUCGUCUUCCGAAGAGGACAGCUUAUCCGGUGGCUUGAAUGGCGCCGUUUCUAUUGUUGAUCAUUCCUUUAUAACAAAUGAUACCGGUUUCGGUGAUGAAAUCACGGCCACAAGUGUUGCAAAUAACGUUUUGCCAAUGUCUCGCAUACUGCCACUUCUCUCGGAUUCACCGACACGCAGCAGUGAGCGUUAUUCUUCGGCUUGGGCUCAUUUGUAUAGGUGGAAAGAGAAAGAGCGGAUGGAUGAACACGGUGUGAUGCUUUCCGGACAAUUUGUUGCUGUUGGACUGUUGGCUCAUUCCGUACACGAUGGCCAAAACGUUUGCAACCAGUGGGAUAUUGAUAACGAAGUAUCAUUUGCACUGAUUAGGCAAGUGGAUGUGGAUGAGUCACAAGAAGUAUGGCUCUAUAAUAGUGGUGAUAAGCCGUUGUUUAUUUCCAUCGCGUCAUCAUUUAGUUUACAUAAAUCGGAAACAAUCAGAAGGGUGAGUAACGGGUAUUGUUAUCGGGUUCAUCGUGGAUGCAAUAACCCGAUACUGAAAGCGAGAAGUGAAAGCCAUGUCGCGAAACAUGAUCCGGCUAAUACGCUCAGUUUCCUGAACAUCAGUGUUGGCAAAGGUUGGGGUGAAAAAUAUCAUAGAAUAAAUCAUACGGACACUCCGUGUCGUUAUGAGGUUAUCUUUAUGCCGGAUAAUUUAUGA